AUGAUGCGCCGUUUGUUUUGUGUCGUGUUGGCGUUUGCACUGCUGUGCUGCUGCUCGUGCGUGUUUGCCGUGGAGGAGGAGGAGCAAGAGCCGCAGGUAACGCAGGUGAAUGCAGAGUGUGCGGGUAAAGAUAAACUCGGGCGCUGGCAACUCCCUGGGAGGUCAUUGUGGUACAACUGCACGGAUUCAUCUACUGGUGCGGGAAAGAUGAUUUGCGGCAUGGGCGUAGGAAACUGUGCCCCCGAGGAUGUUCAGAGACGUAUAAAAGAUGGUGCGAAGGAUGGUGUCUUCACGAUCAACGUCUCCACGUUUACUCCAAGCGCCGUGAAGAGUUGGUGGGAGCGUAACGUGGAGCCGAAGGCGGUCACCGCUGCAAUUGUUCCGGCAAAACCUCCGGAAGCAGGACCUCCGGGCCCUCAAGAAGACAAGGAUUCUCGUGGCACCUCCACACCUGUUUCUGAUUCUCCUCCUGCUGGCGCUGCGGGUGCGGCUGGUGCUCCUUCACUGGCUGAAGCUCCGGGUGACUCUGGUGAAAUUGGUCCGGCUAAACCUUUGGAAGCAGAACCUCCGAGCCCUCAAGAAGACAAGAUUUCUCGUGAAAAAUCUUCCAGACCGGAUUCUGAAUCUUCUCCUGCUGUCGUUGAGAAUUCCGCGGAUGUCCCUCCUUCUUCUCCACCUGCCACUCCAGGCGGCGCUGGUGCUAACCCUGUUGCUGGCGCUGCGGCCACGACGGAUCCUUCUGCUGCAGCCUUGGGAGCGUCAGAUUCCGCCCUCUCUGGUGAACUUCAAGGCCCUUCCCAUUCUACUUCUCCUGCUUCUUCUCCUGCACCCGAAUCCAUACCAGAUCCGGAGCCCACAGAAGGCGGCGACCACUCCUCCCAUGAACCUCCAGUGGAGCUGCAGGAAGAGACUGCUGCUGCGCCACCGACUCAGUUGUCCCAGACCGGCGAGGACGGGAGUGCAGCGGGAGGCGCCGAAGAGGACACCGCCGCCAACACCACGACCGACACUGCUUCCGGCAAAGUAAAUUCUACGGCGGCAAGCAUGCCGGCUCCUCUUUCCUCUGCGCCCACAACGAACGCUCUGGAGAACAUUGUGGGAACUGACGCCUGCUUCCAUGACACCCAUCUGCAUGCUCUGCCACUGCUUGUUCUGGCUGCACUCACCUACGGGACACUAGGCUGA